GAUAGCGUGACCUGUAGAGUUGAAGAUCGUACUUGUAGCCCAAACAAAACAUGGGAAAUUGCUUCUUAAUUUUUGGCGUCACUGUCACUACUUUAGUUGCCAUGAUCGUUGGUUUGUACUUGAAUCAAAAUUUACCGGAAGGACUCCCGUAUGAUCAGCAGUUUGGGGCUCGGUUCGUUGGAGCAAACUUGGAUAUUUCCCGUUUUCUGGUAGGUUUUUACAAACUUGUUUUCAAAAACUCGAACUCAGAACAGUCGGAUUGGCCCCAGACCUGUAUGAUUUGCCCUGCAUCCUGCAUGUCUUUCAGUUUCACUGAGUCUUGGUGAUGUGGAUGGUAUUGCGUACAGUCACAGCCAACCUGUACACUAUUGUUUUUAAGCGGUCACUCGGAAAUCAUUAAUCAUCAUUAGUGAUGACAAAAUACAGAAACAUUUGAAAAUUGACUUCAAAUUAUGCACCUAUCAAUGUAAACCCCGUGGGGGGAGGGCGGGCAAGGGGUGGGGAUUUGGCAAAUUUUAAAAUUUUUCGAUCAAAUUCCCCAGGGUGGGAAACGAAAGGUCAAUCAAAAGUGUCAAAAAAGCCCCCACCCCAGGGGAAAAAAUCUAAACAAACAAUGCUAUAAUACGAUAUAAAACGAAUAAAAGAACAUUUCAAACACGUUGUUACUACUUUUAUUUACGGUUAACGGACGCUCCAUUAAAUUACUCGCUGUAAUUAAGUAUUUUCUCUCUCCACUAGCAUCUCUUAUCUUGAACAACAAAAUCACUCCAGGAAGAUUCACCGUGCUAUAUAAUAUUAAUAAAACGUAAAAUGCUUUAUAACAUCUGCUCAACAUGUUGGAACAGGUCGGAUCAGGGACCCAUAAAAAAUCCUCUGACUUUCAUGGUGGAAUUCGAUUUCAAUCGAGUUUUACAAUCAGAUGGGAACUUGAAGAUAAAAACUUCCUCAAAAUAGACAUUAUCUGUUUAGAUGACAGUUUAAAGUAUCGGAUUAUGGCGAUUAAAAGAAAUGAAAACUUCAUACCUUUCUCCAACAACGUGACUUUCAGGAAGCCUCGAGGGACGGACUUGGUAACUGCUUCUGAAUUGAUACCAGGCUUCUGUCGGUCAAAGUCAAAUGUCCCGACCCCGGGGUCACUUCACACGAUCAAACGCCCGACAGCAGGGAUAGUCCCAGGCAUCAAAUCCCCUCCCCUUGUCUGCACCCCCCCACGGGAUUUACAUUGAUAGGUGCAUUACAGUAGAAUUAAAAUUUACCUUAGUCAGUAAAGUAAUUUUCAUACUUGACAAAAUGAGGGGAGAUAUUUCUUUUGACUUUGCCAUACCGGGGUCAUUUCAUUUGUUUUUAUGAGCUCCACUAGUCCAUUUGGCUUAGGAACAUGACAAAACAUUUUGGACAAGAACUCUUGGAUUUUGGACAACCAAAUUUAAUAAAGUGCCUGUCCGAGGGACAAGUGGAUAGGAAAUUUUUCUCUUACUCUGUGGUUGCCCCUAAAAUAGUUAAUUUUGUGCCAAAACGAAAUGCAACAUACAUGUCUGGGAUCAGUUCCCUUCCACGUCACAUCUGCCAUUAUUGGUGUUCAAAAGCAAUAAAACAUCAGCCAUGUUGGUGUCCCAAACAUGCUUGUCACCCUAGGCGCUGUUUUCCCCGACCUGACUUACCGCUCCUGGGUCUCCGAGGAUGUGUCCCAAACCAAUCCUCUGGAGGUUGAACCUUUUCGUAUGUAUAGCUGCUGGCGAUGUGAAUGAAAACGCUUUAUAGCGUUAAUCAGUGUUUUGGAAAACAAACAGUAACCUCAACUCAACCCUAUUACAGAAAUAUUUCUUUGAGCACCUUCCCAUGAUACCUAGCAGUAGGCCUUCCAUCCUCUUACAAUCAGCACGUGGACCGCUCAGCUCCAGAUCCAUAACAGUCCUUUUCUCCUGUCAGUUUUUCAAUUACUAACAAAGUGCCUGGGUUGUAACCUUUUUUGUUUGUAGGGUCGUGCAGCUUCAUUUGUGGGCAUUGGUGAUUCACCCAUUGAAAAUCUGAAUUAUUUGUUGAAUGUAGCGGAACAAAUUUUCGCGCCAGAUGAGGAACCUGGUUUAGACGUCUAUGACACAAAAAUUGCUAAUGUUCCUGUACGUGUUUAUAAACCAAAACAUCCUGAUACCAAACCAACAGGUGUUGUUUAUAUUCAUGGUGGAGGAUGGACCAUUGGUUCUGUUGGUAAGUUCCCAUAAUUAUUUGCUCUGGCGUUACCUGAGGAGUUUCGAGUUUCUGAAUCCUCUCCCUUAAGUUCUGCCUCCCCACCCCCCAACCCUGAUCAGGUAAAGACUUUUUUGAUUGACCUAUAGUCAUUAGGACGAGUUAAGUACUUGGCCCUUGGUUCUUUGUCAACUCUAGUUUUGAAUAAACGACCCUACAACCACCUUGGGACGAGAUAUCUGUGUAAAGAAAAGUUUUGUAUCUUGAAGGAUUUUAGAAGCGAACAAUGAGGAACGAAUAUUAACACAUGUGUGUAUACCAAGAACAUGUCUGCAAGGCAACUCUUUAUUUCACUUUCUUACAUCAUCUUUAUCACGUGACCCAUAUUACCCAAAAUACCACAAAAAGUAAAUGAGUAAACUGCAUCAUCUUGUUUUUUUUGCAGCAACGUAUCAUCCUUUAACUUAUCAGUUGGCUAAAGAAGCUAAUGCUGUACUGAUAUCUGUUGAGUAAGUCAAGUCAAAUAAUUAAGUAGACAUUACCUUCAGUCAGAAGCCGAUUACAUUAAGCUUCAGUUUUGAAGAAAGUUAACUUGUAAAAUAACGUAACUAAAGAGCGUGAUUUUCAAUUAGUGACAAUAUUAAAUAUUAAACAAAUUUUGUUUCCCCUCUAUUGAGGACUGGGACUGGCUCUCUUGUACCAAAACUUAUAAUAUGUAGCUAACUAUAAUUACAAGCAAACUUGAAGGCAUCACAUAACUGUAUUUACCCUUUCUUACACCACUAAUAGGCUUUAGGAAGAAGCUACCACCAUUAUUGUCAGUGAUUUCAAAUAGUGCAAUUAAUCUGUGACUUGACGUGUGGUAAAUGAUCAAAGCUCUGCUCUGAUUGGAUAUUACCAAAACGGCGUAAAAGAUAAGCCGCGAAAGCUGUCUCAGUAUUUAUUUAAAAUAAAUUAAAAUGGGAAAGGCUUGACUCCAAGGCCUACAAGGUAGAUGGGCGCUCCGGGAGGUAAUUGACUCCUCAGCUUUAGAAAUGAUAAGUAUAAGAUACAGAUAUUGCCAUGAUAUUUAAUUUGUCAACUAACUAAAAAGCUCAGUGAUGUGGUGCUGAUAUCUGCUGAAUAAACGGUGUUGAAAACUGUAUAAUUACAACUCGACCAAUUGAUUGGAACUCUCAAGGAUAACACCAUUCACCCGCAUUGAUUACAACAUGUGAAGGCCUUCCAGGAGGGAGGAAGGGUUCAUGUUCCGUCAAUCCCUGAAAUAAUUUGAAUUUUCUCCUUUUUUCCUCAAAUUUACCUCAAAUUUGAAACAUUCCCCAAAAUUAAAUUUUGUCAAGUGUGCACUAUAUGCCAGACCAUAGAAUCAUCAGUAAUGACGUUCGAGUCUAACCGAUUUGCACUACCUCAGAACGCCACGUUAAGCUAUAGAUGACAAACUUCAGUUAUUGAAUGAUCACCAGUUCUGUUGUAAAGAUGCACUGACUUUAAGCGUUCAUCCUUUCGCAUCCAAGUUACAACUAGCCCCGAGAGAACACAGAAACAGGGAAAACGUCGCCCGUUAAAGGUCUUAUAGUAAAAGAAAAAAAGGAACGAAUAUUUUUUCCUGAAAGUUAAUUCAAGUUAUCCUUUUUUCCCAAGAAGUGAGUGGUCGUGCUUUCUUUUCCCGAAAAGCCUGGGAAGCUCUCAUGUAUCACUUUGACGAAAAUAAUAAAAUAACGUCAAUAUUAACGUCUUUCAGGUACAGAUUAGCACCCAAGCACACCUUUCCAACACAGUUCCAUGACUGUUAUUCCGUUGUUACGACUGUGCUGAACACUGCUGAUAAAUAUGGUAUUGACCCCAAUCGCGUUGUUGUCGCUGGCGACAGUGCCGGUGGUAACCUAGCAACGGCAAUUGCUCUGAAACUGAGGGAUGAGAAUAAGAGACUGGCUGCUCAGGUGAUUAAAUCCUCAAACCCCAAUAUCCACAUACCAAUUCUAAAUAAUCUCUGUUUAUUUCCGUAAAGAAUAAGUUGAGAUUCCGAAUUUGAGAAAAGAUCAAAGCAUUUUCUCUUAGGUGAUUAUUUCAGUAAUUCUCGAGACCUUUUCUCUUAAGUCUUGUGUUUAUAUUGUUAGGAGGAAAUGGAUGGUUUGUCAGUCUGGUGACUCUUAAGAUAAGAUACAAAGGCUAUAAAAGUAUUUUAGUAAACUCUGUAAAAAAAGGUCACAGAUUACUAACAUAAUUUUAUAGCCUUUUUGUAUCUUAUCUCGACCAAAUGAGAAGGAACGCAAGAAACCACAAUUAAAGCAGAGGCGCGGAGCACUAGCCUGCGUAGCAGGCGCUUGGUCUCUUUCGCGCGCCCCUUUCUUUCUUGCGCCCACUACUUCCGAGCGCCGAAAUCGCAGGCUACGAGGCACAAGCAUUCAGAGUGGAGUGGAGAUUUCUGCGUUUUGUAUUUUGGUUUUGAUUUUUUGUACUGAUUGUUUGUCUGUUUUAUGGUGGAGAGGAAAAGGUUGUUCUUUGCUAUCUUUCAAGUUCUAAAGAUGGUAAAUUUGAGAAGUCCCAAGUAUGGCGUCUCCUUUGCCCAGAAUGAAAAUACGAGUAAUUUGCUGUGUAACUUCAGUCGAACCCCUGCUAACAGCCUUCGUUAGGCAAUAUCCGUGAAAAACGUUUCUCCCGAACAAGAGCCCAAGCAAUGGCCACUUCUAUAAAAAUUUUAUCCUCUCAAACCGAAAUUAGCUCUUAAAAUAACAUGUUCGCUACGGUCAUGUCACCAUGCGGGUAAAGCGUCUGUUUGCACGGGGCUAAAAGUUUUACCGGUUUCAAACUUUGCGCAACAACUCCCAACAACAUACAACAGGGUUUUCAAACGGACACAACAUGUAACGUCCAACAAUGUUGGGAGUUGUUGGUCCACAAUGUUGCGUCCGUUAGCAUACAUGUAUACUGACACCGGUCGAUGGAAAUGUCAGGGCAAAACCUAAUCGCAGUGAUGUCGCCGUUGUACUCGGAUCCACAAAGUAGUCUAGACAAUGCAGAUUUAUAAUCGCCCUUUUUUUUAUUCGGGUCACAUAUUAGAAUGACUUAGGAACAAGUUUGCCUCAGCUUGUCGCCAACUUUUCUUUAUUUCUACAGAAACAUAAGUAGUUUGAUGUGCGUUUCAUCCACACCGUUCAUUUUAUUUGAUCGCUUUUUGAUUUAGAAAUUGUCAAUUAGAAUCUGACGUUUGCCUUUUGUCGUAAACUUGAUUCUCAAUAUUUCUAUUUAUCACCGCGGCCACCUGUUCAUAACGGCUAAAAAUGUUAUCCCGAUCGAGGGCGUCCGUGGGUCAGCGAAGGAACGGCCUGCCUCUCAAAAGCCGCGAGCGGCAAGCGGCAAGCGACGAAGCUAGGACACGCGAGAAGUGUGGGCGUGGACCCUCUCUUGUCUCGCGCCUACAUUCGCGUGCGCGGUUAUAUAGGGAGCUUGAGCAAAGGUGUUUUAAUUAAGUGACGGACGUACCGGAUCUGGGCGUUUUUCAUUCUUGGCCGGUGGUUUUGCCCAAAAUUACCUCUAUAAGAGUAAAGACACCUAGCAGUACAAAUUUGUCAGCGUUAAGGCUUAUUAACCCUUUAAGCCCUAAGUGUGAUCAGCAUCAAAUUUCUCCUUGUAAUAUCAAUGCUUUGUAAAACAGAGUGGUCAUGAGAAUUAAGGACAUGAUCACACAAGAUGAAUUUACUUGACAUUUUACCAACUUCUCCCCACUACUUCGGUAAGAAAUCAAUAGGUGCAACAAAUAAGAAUUGAAAUUUUGAUCUUAGGGUUUAAAGGGUUAAAAGGAAAAGGUCUCACUACCGGUUGACGUGCGUCGUCUCAUGUGCGAGCGCGCGUAGUCUGCUACACAGCCGUUUUAAGUGUCUUGCGUGACGACACUAAAAACGGCUGUGUAGCAGACUAGAGCGCGCGCCUCUCGCUUGGUGAAUUAAGAAGAAAAGAGGGACUGUUUGAAGUCCAGCGUCACGUAGAGGUUAAACUAUACGUGUUUGUUUAUUUUUCUGUCUGUUUUCGUACGCAGAUUCUCCUAUACCCUGCUGUGCAGUUCCUGGACCUUUCUCUUCCUUCUUUGAAAACUAAGGAUUCUCCAAUUCUUACACAGCGUGAAAUGGCAGAAUACUGGUCUUAUUACAUGACGGGAACUCCAAACUUAGCUUCCACAUUGUUGGCAAAUAAUCAUUCUGUGCACCUCCUCAACACUAAGUACUCUUCUUAUGUUGGUGUCAGAGACAAGGAGAAACAAAAAACUCCUCCAAAAACGCCACCAGAAAAUAUUCCAAAAGCUGUCAUCGAUGGUUUGAUUGAUUACCGGGUGUCACCUUUAAUGGCAGAUAGCUUGAAGGGACUACCAAAGACCCUACUGACAACUUGUGAAUAUGAUGUUCUGAAAGACGAUGGUCUUUUGUACAAGGCGCGUUUACUUGGUGAUGGGGUCAAAGUGACUCAUCUUAAUUACAUGACAUACCAUGCUUUCCUAGCUUAUCAGUCAGUUCCCUUUUUAACUACAGAAGAGUUUCGCCAGGGAUUGCGAGAUAUUACUGAUUACCUCAAGGCGUUGUAGCAUCUUGUAGAAAUUUUCGUUUCCCUGAAUACAGCAUUCCUGAAAGUUCAGUCCCCUGACUUUUCAGUUUGCCGAGUUUUACCUGGUUUAGAGGUGAUUAAAUUCGUGACGUGAAUUGGGCAUCGUUAAUGAUUUUUGAAGAGGCCUUGGUGUUAAGGUGAUGUUACGCGAGACGAUUCGCAACGACGAUUUUUAGCGCAACACAGCGUUGCAACAUUGUUGCGACAUUGUUUCGAAUAGUUACAACAUUGUUCCAACAUUGCAACGCUGUGUUGCGCUAAAAAUCGUCGUUGCGAAUCGUCUCGUGUAACAUCACUUUUAGCAUGUUUAGUCUCCUUCGGGCCGGCGGAGUCACGCAAUACUGUCUCCACGCGGCUGCCUCAAAGCGACGUACAUCCCGGGUAGCAUUGCGUGACUACAGCCCGAGCGGCUGCAAAGGAACUACCUUGGUGUUGGCUCUUCGUUUUACUAAAUGCCUGAGAAUUAUACUGUGUCCGCAGAGUAGAUAAUUUUUGGUACAAUUUUAAAAGGGUAUUGUAAUUUAUUUGUUUUAAUCAAAUAGAGAUGUAAAAUUAUCUUAGCUUACAGCCUAAUUCCCGGACUAGAAUGAUUUCCGAGCCUAAUUCCCGGACUAGAAUGAUUUCCGAGCCUGAGCAAUCAACUUCAUAAAGAGAUCGCAAUCUCAAAUAAUGUUGUUUUCAACAAUUAUUAUCGAUUUUUUUAUUUGUAGUGUUAAUAGGUUUUUAACUCACGACGUCCAGGAGGAGAUCUUGGGGAUUUGCGACCUUCAGGGGGUGACAGGCAGGGCGCGGGAACCUGGGUGAAUAGCUCGGGGAUGGGAAGGGUACGGGAGGGGGGGCAGGAGAAGAUCAUGACAGGGCGGGAGUUAGAAAUUCUACGGAAGAGCGGAAUUAGGAGAAACGGGGAAAUUAAUCGACAAUGCUUAAUAUUUCGCAAUCCGAAAAGGGGCUUAAGGGAGGAAGCCAAGAAAGUAGUGGCGGGAAUGGGAAUGGACAGCUACCCCAUGCCCUCAAACUUUCCACCACACCCAUCCGAGUUCUUACAGUUUCUGAUGAGACGAAAAGAGCCACUUUUGAGAUGACCAAAGUUCCCCAAUUCAAGACAUCCGGACAGGAAAAUAGUUUCUGAGACUAUUCUAUUCUUCUGACUAUGUGGAAAAUUUGGUCGUUGGGUGCCCCUGAAGAGUGGCACAAGACUGUAACAGCUACCUCAUUUAGUGGCAUUAGAAGAACAUUAUGGCCGACAAGUGUCUCGCAAAACCGUCCCAAAGUCUCCGUCUCUUGCUGACGGUUGUACACUGCAACUCCCGGGGUUUACAUGAGGAGAAUCAAUUGCGAUUCGGCAACAGUAAACAUUUCCUUUUUUUAUAUAUUUCGCUAAAAACCAUGAGAUUGGGAGUCUUGUGGUGAGAAAAGUUGAAAAGUCGUGAGAGUCAGGGCAGAAUCGUAUUGUGAGCUUGGACCAGUUUGGGAGUCGAAAAGCAGUUGCUGAUCUUCUCGUCAUGUUUAUCGCCUGGACGAGUCAAAAAGAUUUAUUCUGUCUAAAAGUUGACCGUAGUGCUAAUUUGAACCCUUCAAAGUCCACAUGAAGACAACUUAUCGUCCUGUGAAAUGUACAAAAUCAAAACCUGACAUCGAAAGCUCUGGGCCGCGAAAUCAAGAGAAACAGCUGUGAUCCCCGUCAGGCAACGUCAUAGCGUGAAAUUCAAAAUGGCGACGAAAACGGCACCAAUAUUUGACCAAGCAAAGGAAUGUGAAGAAUCUGGCAGAAAGUGCCUCGACAUGCUCGGUAGCCGCGCUACGAAAUUGGUAACCGCGCCUUGAAGAAUAGACUGCGUUCUCCUUCGUCGAACGCAAUUAUAAUUAUCAUAAUUAUAUGCCACAACAUACUGUCCGUUUAUAGGUUAUCAUAUUUACGCGGGAUUUGUACAGGCGCUUUAAUAUUUUAAAAGCAUGUUUCUUUUUGUAUGUUCCUCUAUAAGAUGGAGGAAAAUUGGUUUAAAGAGCAAGCUGGACUAAAAAAAAAUUCUAGUAAAAUACCGUAAAAUUCCGAAAAUAAGCCCCUCCAAAAAUAAGCCCCCAAACCAGUGACGCAAAAAACCCUCCGUUAAAUCGCCCCCCCAAGAAAAAAAUAUAAGCCCCCCGGGGGCUUGUACUUGGAAAAUUGUCCUCAAAUACAAAAUAAAACAAAGCAAAAACGGUAAGUUUACUUCGAACUAUAAGGCUAGCCCAAUCGAUUUGUAAACGCAGAUUUCCCUCCGUAGAUAAGCCCCUCCGAAUAUAAGCCCCUCAAAAAUGGCCAUUGAAAAAUAUAAGCCGCGGGGCUUAUUUUCGGAAUUUUACGGUAUAGGAAAUACUUCUUGAGCAUCCUAAAUAAUUCGUGCACCAUAUAUGACCGGUAAAGUCAAUGAUGGCGUGACCUCUCUUGCAGAGUCGAAGAUCCGAAACAUGGCAAAUUGCUGCUUCAUUUUUAGUGUCUCUGCCGCUGCCCUCGCUGCUAUGAUCUUCGGUUUGUACUGGUAUCAAGAUUUACCAGAAGGACUCCCGGAUGAUCAGAAAUUUAGCGCUCGUUUUGUUGGUGCACAUUUGCAUAUUUGCCGCUUUCUGGUAGGUUUCAGUUAAAACUUUACAAAAAUGGUAUGGUAUCUUUUUGUCAAAAUUUGGGUAUAAAGUAUUCAGUUUUUUCUGAAUUUUAGGUAUUCGGUAUCACACAUGUUACGUGUAUUGGUAUCUUGUAUGGAAACUGAAUAACGGCUAUAUUGGUAUCCCACUUCCCGGGGGGAAAUCGAGGGAAAUCUAGGUAGAGGUGUGCUGCCGAGGCCUUCAAACCCCGACCCUGUUUAAGGGGCUCUUUACCUGGAGGAAGGAAGAUCCUAGAAGGCGGAUCAACUUUACGUUGGGUUUACAUGCAGAAAUUUUGGUCCGUGUGGUAGUUUGAGAAGGAAUUAAAAAUGGCGGGCGACAAAAACAAACAUACAAUUUAGGCCUUUCUGCUCUCUUUACUGGCGUUAACGACUUCCUUUCAGCAGAAUUAUCACAAUAAUCAGCUCGUGGUAACGCCAAACGAAAUGGUUGGCCUUUAUUGCCGUGACUAGCCACUGAACGACCCGCCUUUUUUCCCUAGGAUCUUCCUAGCGAAGGCAGUUUACAUGGUGCUAGGAUCUUCCUACCUGGCAGCUAGGAAGAUCCUAGUACUAGGAAGAUCCUACGAAGAUCCUAGUACUAGGAAGAUCCCAGUUCUAGGAACAAGUACAACCCUUUGCAUGUAAACCGAAUACAGACAUGGCGCUAGGAUGAUGCGCCUUCCUGGUACUACGAUCUUCCUCCCUUCAUGUAAACAGCCCCUAAGACAAAAAUUGCGCAUUUCCUGACCCUGAUUUGUUGUGUUUUGAAUACAGAAUUAAUUAAUUUUUUACACUAAAAUCGUGGAAAUAGAUGUUUAGGGAAAAAAAUAUUGGUAUUACAAAUGUAGCCCGCUCAUCGCAAGUCUUCACACUCUUUGAAAGGCUUCCAGUCCAAAAAGACACCCUGUUCUGAAGACGCUCGGUAGUGAAAUUGUAUACCCUCAAGACCUUGAAAACCAUACCCUGUUCAAGCGGCACAUACCCGUGUAUGCCAAAUAAGGGAGUGCCCCCCUGGGAUCCCACCACCCCCAGGGCCUGAUUUAUUAUACAAUACAGUUGAAAUUCGAUUUUUCGAACCUUCUGGGGAAAAGAAGAUGCUUCGAAUUAUCAGGAGGUUUCGAUAAACGGGGAUAAGAUAUCGCUGUUUAAAGUGGCUCCCUAGAGUAUUUACUAAUAACCCUAGUUAUCUAGCAACGUUACAGAACGAAUCAGGUUUGGUUCGAGUUAUCGGAAGGUUCGAGAAACCGAAGGUUCGAGAAAUUGGGAUUCUACCGUAAUAAAUAACAACUAGUAGGUUCCAGUGGAAAGUGAAGUGCUGCGAGUAAAGCAUGACAUUUCAAAUAAUUUGCAUCAGUUGCAGUCUAUUUAGAUUGUUUAUAUUUCACAUUAACCGUGUCAAGUAACUGUACAUGUAACGACACGAAGGCGAUCGAUAAAACUGAACUUUGAACCAAAAUAAGUCAAAUAAGUGUUUAUAUCAAAAGUCCGUGAGAUUAAAUCAGGGUAUUAUUUGUCUGAAACCUGUCCACGAUAAAGUUCAGAGCACGCGAGCGUUGGAGUGAGUAAAAGAUUGAAUUUCCAUCGAGUUCAAUAUUAAACUGGUUCAUAAGGCUUCGCGAGCGUAUCAAAUCAUUUUCAAUUUUUGCUUCCGUCGUGUAUAAAACGUUUUACUACCAAGGGAAAACAAGCCUUGUCACACUAAAGCAAUUUAUCAAUUUAACAAAUACAACAAAGCCUGGCAGAAUACAAAUUUAGCCAAAACGCCGACUUUACUCACCGUAGAGUUCCAGGAAUUGCUUGAAAUAUUCUGAGAAACGUAUCGCCAGGGGCGUCCAACGUCAAUUUUCGGAAAAUAUCUGUUCGGAGGACGAUUUGAGAUCUAGAAUUUUCGGAACAUUUGUUGUAAAAUUUCUUGCUUGCUUCUAGGAUUUUCAAACAUCUAAAAAAUGGUAUAAUUGCCCAUUUUUAACGGAUUUUUACCCUUAAAAGGUCGCCUAGAAUUUUCGGGAGCCUUUUUUCUGGAUGAAAUUUUCGAGAAAGUAAGUUUUGAUCCCUAUACAAGUUCUCGGAUCUCUAAACUUUCAGCUAGGAAAUAAGAACAGAUGAAAACUUUUCAGGGGAUAAAAAUAUGCCCUGGAAGUUGUUUUGGUUUCGCUGACCAAAAGGACUUGUAGCAAAAUCACGCAUCUAAACAAACCAACACUUGAAAAAGAUGUCACGUACUUGCAGAAAUAGGAGUGAGUCACAACUCACCAAGUAGCUAGGUGCACGAGUCGCUCGCUAGAGGUUACGCCACCAAGCGCCUAACGAACCAGUAGAUGAAUGAGCCAAAAUGUCCGUAGCCCUAUAAACACCUAGCUGGUGUGUUUUCAAAGGUCAAAGAAAAUAGAGAUUUCUCAGAGCUUUGUGGCUCCAAGAGAAGAACAAGGGCAUUCACACGGACAGGGAGAUGCGGUAGGUGGUGGUAGGGGAGUGGGCCGGGGGGUGUUGUGUUUACAGGAACCUCUUUCUAGAUCUUCUUAAUAGCACUUUCUACUAUCCCCCAAUCUUCGUCUGCUUUAAAAAUCACGGAUGGCGUACGCGUUUAUGCGCGGGAAAUGAUGAACCAGCUCGUUUACUUAAAAAUACGCGGCUUGUAUGCACUAACCUCGCCGGUCCCUGAGCGCUUUUCUGGGUAUGAGGCUGCACUUGCACUGCAGUCCUUUCUUAAAAGACACUUUAAGCCUGUGCUUCUUUAAUAUUCAGUCCAACGUCAAUCAUCUAUCCUAAGAUCAGGCUGUUCUUCUUCCUUUUUUCUUCAGGAGGAGAGGGAGAAAGUUCCUCUUUUCCCUUUUCCCGUCCGCCAACGCUUGCCCUCUCCGGCCUCCAGAGCGUGAGACACGCACAUCGAGGAAGGCGCCUUCCCCUGUCGCGCAUGGAUCCUGCUCCACGUCCCCUUCGUGCUCACCUGUGAAAUGCGAAAAAAAAAUAGUGCCUGUUUUGCAGGCUAAAAUUCACCGUACUUUUGGGUUUAUCAUUUCCUCACUAACAUUGAUACCUUGCCAUCACUAUAUUGUCUGUGCAUAUCAACUGCUAAAAAAGUGCCUUGGUUGUAAUUUUUUUGUUUGUAGGGUCGUGCAGCUUCAUUUAUGGGCAUUGGUGAUUCACCCAUUGAAAACACGAAUUAUUUGUUGAAUGUGGCGAAACGGAAAAAGAAAGAAGGAUCAGAUUUAGAAGUCCAUGACACCAAAAUUGCUAAUGUUCCUGUACGUGUUUAUAAACCAAAACAUCCUGAUGCCAAAUCAACAGGUGUUGUUUAUAUUCAUGGUGGCGGAUGGACCCUUGGUUCCGUUGGUAAGUAGUGACACUGAAUUACGACGGCCUGACCUUGAAGGUUGAAGGGGUUAUAGGUUUCCUGAAUCCUUUCGUGUUUCUCUUGUGAUAUGAAUUUUUAAAUAAAGUAUUACCUACCUACCUACCCUUCUGUUCUUCACGCUUCCCACUCUAGUGGGUAAACACUCACUUAGCUGAAAGCUCUGUCUUCACAGCACUCAAACUGACGAGAGAAAUUUGCAAAAGUUUAAGCAAAGCAAUAUAAUUCAAAGCCAACUUAUUACUUUCACUGUUCAAAGUUUAAUAUGCUUGAGACUAGGAGUCAUUUUAUAAGUAGGUGGAACAUGAUCGUCCCAGUGAACGUUGUUCUGAAUAGUGACUGACCUUUCGACAACCUGUGAGUUGUAACUCGUCAGUUUAUAGUAUGAAACUCUGAAAUAAAGUCCAGGGCGCGUAUUUUUUUUAAAUUUUCUGAGUCAACAGGAGGCGCUAAUUCGAAGAGGGCGCUUCUUUCAUUUUUCAAAUGUUGGCCUGAAAGUAACAUUUUUUUGUAAACUAGAACUUACGUGAAAGAAGAAACACAAAGUGUGUCGUCGCUAAGGCCCCCGUUUGUUCUGGUAAUGAAUUCCUGCCACUCUACUUCUACAAGGUAUCUUCGGUGUUGCUUUUGGGGGAGGGAGGGUUUGGGGAUGCUUACUAGAAAGGGAACUUAUUUAAUGUUUUUAGUUUCAAGGGGCGCUAAUUCGAACUAAGGCGCUUUUCCGAAGGAGGGCGCAAAUUCGAGCGUUUACGGUAACCGCUUUAUACUUCUCUUCUUUUACAGAACUGUUCCAUCCAUCCACAUAUGAAUUGGCUAAAGAAGCUAAUACUGUACUGAUAUCUGUCGAGUAAGUGAUCAAAAAGUGUAUAUAAUCCAACUCUUAGCUUCCAUCCAAUAAUGCAUGGUUAAAUUUGACCUGUUUCCAUCCCCCCGGGCCCGUCUGAGGCGGUCUUCUCUUGGGGUUAGGGAGGUGGGGCAAAACAAAAGUAUUUUUUCUUUAAGGUAUGUCUUAAAAUUUGAAAGGAAUGUGCGUAUGUAGCCUGCGUGCAGACGAUAACUAAACUCUGAUUAGUACCGUCUGCGAAGCAGCGCAGAGAUCCUUGUUCUGAACCCCCAACGGACUCAACGAAUUACCGGAAGUGCGUUUCGAAUUUCCCUUCAACCUAAUUGGCGAUCACGACAAACAAAACAAAGGCCUUUUUUAACUGGCCAAUCGUGGCGCGUACUCAAAUCUGGGUACACAGCUGGAAGUCCGGAACAAGGAUUUCGGCGCUGUUUCGCAGACGGAGUUAACCAGAGUUUAAUUUCGUCUGCGCGCAGGCUAGUGCGUAUGAUGCGUAUUCGAAUGCGUUCUAUCUAUUUUUUGGAAAAGAAAGAAAGAAAUAUUUUUUCAACCUGGCUUUAAAGAUAAGAAAACUUUUAUAUGAAAACGGAUACAAGGCUUUUGAUAUGUAUGGAAAAACAGAGAUUCGGUCCAGUGUUCUUAUAAACUGUUCUGUCAAAUACGUGCUUUUUAAGAGUUUUUCUUCUUCGUUUUCGUUUUCAAAUUUAUUGUUUAUGUUUUAACUACAUUAUGACAUCCAUUAUCCUUCUCUCAAUAAACUUUGGAAAACGUUCUUGAAAGUUGUGGAAGCGUCUCGUUUUGCUUUUGUACGAAUCAAACAACCUCGUCCCCAGGGCUUUUCCCUUAAAAAAUGGGUGGGCGGGAAAAGCUGUUAUCGAAUAGUACUUCGGCUGAAAUUCAUCGUGACUGUGGAAUUACUGUGCGAUCAAGCAGAAAGUGAUUUUGUCCAAUGUCAAACAAAAAUGCGGGCCUUUGCCUCUGGGAUCUGCAGUGAAUUUAAACAAAUUGAACUUAAUUGAAAUAGAAUUGUUCAUCAAAAUGCUUUAUGGAGUCUGUUCUUCUCUACAACCCGACCAUGAAACAAACAAAUCUCCGCGUCGGAUGCAAGUCAGCCCUCCAGCCAGGAACGAUGACAGGUCGCCGAUCUGAAACAUUUUAAGAUCUCUUAUAUCUUUUCUCUUCCGAGGAUAAGUACAAAGGAUUUUCCUUAUACCAAAGGGAAGAUUGACCGAUCGAUUGGAAUCAACCACAGCUCUGUCAAUUUUAAAUGGACCCAAGUCUUUCUUUGUUACCAGUCGUUUGAUACCCUGGGUGCCAGAAACUUUUCAUGCGCGGUCUCCGGUUUCGGUCAAGUCUCGCAGAGGUCAAUGAAUUUUUUAAAAAUACAGGUCAUACUAGAUAAGUCUAAACCAACGCGUGUCGCUAUGAUAUGGCUGAGAGUCAAGGUGAAUAGAACUACUAGGUUGUGUACGGCGGUCCACUUAGCAAGAAAUAAAUAAAAUAUCAAAAGAGUCGCGAAAACGGACUUUUCUCAGGGACACCCAACGGCAAUUUUCGGGAAAAUAUCUGUUCGGAACACGAUUUGAGAUCUAGAAUUUUCGGAGCAUUUGUUGUAAAAUGUCUUGCUUGCCUGCCUCUCCUAGGAUUUUCGAACAUCUACAAAAUGGUAUAAUUACCCAUUUUUAACGGAUUUUGACCCUAGAAAAGGCCACCUAAAAUUUUCGGGAGCCUUUUCCUGGCUAAAAUUUUCGAGAAGGUAGGUUUUUAUCCCUAUAAUUUUCGGAUCACUAGACUUUCAGCUAGGAAAUCCGAACAGAUGAAAAGUUUUUAGGGGAUAAAAAUAUGCCUAUAUCUACCGUUUGAAUACUAAAAUACGUUCAACAAUGCCAUGUUAAGUGGUUUUGAACUAUAUCCUCGUUGGGUGCCCCUGUUUUCUAUGCCAGUACAAACUUAAUGCAUGUACGAUGUCUUGUUUGUCAUUUAUAUCGCUCUAUAAAGGAAGUUUUACAAAUGUUACCGCUCGCUGUCUCCUUCAUAGAAAUCGGAGGAAAGCAAAAAAUUACCAUAGCCAGUAUCUGAGACAAAAAAGAAAUCUUGUAAAACUUUUCGUUACUCGUCAAGAGAUAUAAAAGGUCGCCCAAGAUCGCGCGCUGUGAGGUUACGCAUAAUUUUAACUUUUCACAUAGCGCUAAUUUAUUACACCCAGGAUUUUAGGGUGUACGACGGGACACGUGACCAGCCGAUGCCAGAGCCUUUUCCCGCCCCACCCAUUUUUUAAGGGAAAAGCCCUGGGGACGAGGUUGCGAAUCAAAAAGAUGUACCCAUAAAACGUAUAGGAGGUCGAUCAGCAGCUCGGGGGUGGGGUAUGGUCUCUUUCUGCGUGCUCGUGGGGGUUGGGGAAUAGACCUCCAAGAAAGGCUAAAAAUUGCAAAUCCCCGGGGGUAUGGCCGGGGGGCAUUGUUACCAGUCAAAUUGAACCAUGCAUAACUUAUCAAAUGGCUAAAGGAGCCAACACUGUGAGUACUGAUAUAUGUCAAAGAGGUGCAUGCUAUCUGUAGAUAAUAAGUAGUAGGACAUCGAUUAGAUAGUUUACAGAGUUUCCCUGAUAUUUCUCAGAUAGCUAAAGAAGCUGCUUUGGUGCCAAUAUCUACUGAAUGAAUUGUGUCACUUCCCUGCAAAUAACAAAUUAACCUUAAUGAUGAAUGUCUUUCAGGUACAGGUUAGCACCAAAGCACACCUUCCCAACACAGUUCCAUGACUGUUAUGCUGUUGUUAAGACCGUGCUGACCACAGCUGAUAAAUAUGGUAUAGACUCCAAUCGCGUUGUUGUCGCUGGCGACAGUGCGGGUGGUAACCUAGCAACCGCAAUUGCUCUGAAACUUAGAGAUGAAAAUUUACGACUGGCUGCUCAGGUGAGGAAAAAGGUCCUUAACCUUGUUCCCAAGGUCCUCUCACACUUAUCCCAGUCCCUCUCCUCCCUCCCCCCUCCCCCCUCUCCCUCCCCCUCUCUCUCUCUCUCUCACUGCUCUUAUUUUGACACAAAGAAAGAAUGAAAGAGACUACAAGUGAAGGUAUAGCCGGCAAAAGGGCGGAGCACGAGCGAGCUAUAGAGGGCUAACAGGUGCGACUGGAGAUGUGGUAUUUUUGCAUUUUGGUUGAAAUUCCGAUUUAACUCUGAUUUACUUAUUGUGUUUAUUUUUAAAGGUGGUGUGGGAGGCAGCCAUUCUUGGCUAUUUAGAAAUAAACUUAGUGAUUUUUGAGAACUUCCCAAAGGGGAAUAAAGAAAUCUUCCGUACCAAUUUACAAGUACUCUCAUUUGAGGGAUAAUGAUAGAUAAGGCCACCUCUAGAUAACGGCAACAAACGAGUCCUCACGAAGGUGAUCUAUGUUUUUCAAAGUGGGGUGUCAGGUCUCGCCUUUCUUGUCUCGCGCCCCUAGUAGCGAGAUUGGCCUUUUUUCUCGCGCCCGUUCCGUUCGAGGAGGAGGUAGUAGUUAGUCUGAGAAAACAGUCUACAUUUCCGGUGACGUCACUACUGGUUUCCUCUCGAAAUGACGUCUUAGUAACAAGCGCAGAAAUUCCAUACUGAUGAAGUGUUACCACCCAAAUUUGGGUAGUACUUCUGAUUGGUUGAUGCAAAUAGUUGCACGACCAAUCAGAAAUACUACUGUGAUCUGGGUAGUGAUACGUCAUUAGUAUCGAGUUUCUGCGCUUAUUCUUCAGGCGUCAUUUCGAGGGGAAACCAGUGGUGGCUUCGCGAAAUGUCGACUGUUUUUUCACGCUAGUUCGUAGUCUAUCGUAGUAUCUUGUGUUGAAAUGAACAUGUGAUAUAUUUGUUUCUCUCUCUUUUUAUCCUAUCUAGAUCCUGCUAUACCCUGCUGUGCAGUUCCUGGACUUUUCUCUUUUUACUUUUAAAACUAAGGAUUCUCCAAUUCUUACACAGCGUCAAAUGGCAGAAUACUGGUCUUAUUACAUAACGGGAACUCUAAACUUAGCUUCCACAUUUUUGGCAAAUAAUCAUUCUGUGCAUCUCCGCAACACUAAGUACUCUUCUUAUGUUGGUGUCAAAGACAAGGAGCAGCAAAAAGCUCCAAAAAAGCCACCGGAAAAUAUUCCAAAAGCUGUCAUCGAUGGAUUGAUUGAUUACCGGGCGUCACCUUUAAUGGCAGAUAGCUUGAAGGGAUUACCAAAGACCCUACUGAUAACUUGUGAAUAUGAUGUCCUGAAAGACGAUGGUCUUUUAUACAAGGCGCGUUUACUUGGUGAUGGGGUCAAAGUUACUCAUUUUAAUUACAUGACAUACCAUGGUUUUAUGGCUUUUCAGCUAGUUCCCAUUUUUACAACAGAAGAGUAUCGCCAGGGGUUGCGAGAUAUUACUGAUUACCUCAAGGAGUUGUAGAAUUUAGUCUUAAAGCGUUGUCCCUUUCACGUUGUCGCGAUAAACAAAUCUUGAUCGUAGAUAAUCUGGAGUCAUCCCGUAUAAGGUCUUAAACAUCAUCAUGAGUAGAUUUCUUCUCUAUUCUUUGACGGCAGAGUUUAUGCCACCGACCAGAAAAAAAAAAAAAAAAAAAAAAAUAGAUAAUCUGGACCGGACUCAUCCCGUAUAAGUUCUUAAACAUCAUCAUGAGUAGAUUUCUUCUCUAUUUUUUGACGGCAGUUUAUGCCACCGACCAAAAAAAAAAAAAAAAAAAAUCUUUUUAGUCACGUUUUCUGCGCUUAGUAGUGUUUAAUUAGUUAGUUAUAGUAGCAAUUUUAUACUUUUUACCUUUUUAUUGUUAUAUUUUAUAUACUUUUUUUUUAUUGUAAUGUCUUUCGUAAUUCAGCCUAUGGCUGCAAGGUAUUAAGACAAUAAAGCAUCUAUCUAUCUAUCUAUCUAUCUAUCUAUCUAUCUAUCUAUCUAUCUAUCUAAUGCCCCGAACACAUCAUUCAAACACAUCAUUCAACUGCCCGAUUUUGAAGGCGUUGAAGUUUUUCAGAAAGGCCUUUGUUAUACAGCUUCCCUACACCACCACCACAUUACAAUAAUCAAAGUGAGGCUGAACACGGCUGAACGUUGACCAAAACAUUAAAUGGGAUAAGAUGCUGCAUUUGUUUAAUUGCAUCGAUGGCAGAAGCAAUCUUUUUACAAACAUUGUCAAUAUGGCACUCCCAAUUUAAGGUCUGAUCGAUGGGGACUUUCUGGCGAUUGCGAUAAUUUCUGCCUUGACGCAAUAAGGAUAAACACGGUUUUUGUUAAAUUCAGCGUAUUUUUGAUAGCUGAUAACCAUGUGUACAACGUUAUUUAAGUCAUAAUUAAAUUGACUGGAGGCAAUCAUUUAUAUGCGUAACGUCUGAACUAGCAAACGUAAAGCUGGUAUCAUCGGCGUACAUCCUUUUUGUUUAUGGAUACAUUAGGCAAUUUGGUAAGUCGUAAUAUAACAGCGCUUUUCAAAAACACGCGACGAACUCUGAAGUUCAAAAGCUGCCUUCACAAAUGCGUUUUUUGCUGCCGUCAAUCAUAAUUACGAUCACAAGCAACGAACUUUGAAACAGAGAAACACACAAAACGGAUCCGCAAAAUCCGCAAAUCACAAACCAUGACCUUUUGAAUGCAUUCAAGUAUACUUCUGUUUCUGUCCUCUAAGAAGAUUGACCCCAGCGAAAAACGCAAAUGUCAGUUGGCAUUUGAACUCCAGAACUGGCGUGUUUUUAAAAAGUACAAUAAUAUAUAACAAAAACAAAAGAGGUCCCAAAAUUGUUCCAUGAGGAACACCGUAUCUAAACAAUUUCGGCGUUGACUUACAGGAGUUGAUGUGACAAGUUUGAUUUCGCUUAUCUAAGUAAGAAGUAAACCAUUUAUAACUGGACCGACAAAUCCCAUAGUAUUGUUAUUUCCUUAACAAAAUAUCAUGUUCUACUGUAUUAAAGGACUUAGACGAUGACGUUAACAGAGCCACGAUCACUGUUAAUGGCCCAACAAUCAGUAGCCUCAAGAAGUACCGUAAGUGUGGAAUGCAAGGAAGGAAAAUCCGAUAUGAUGACUAGUAACAAAGCUAUUCUUUGUUAGAUACUGAUAUACCUGGUCGUAAAUAAUCCGUUCAAAAACUUUUGCCACAGCUGGAAUUACCGAUACUGGUCGGGAAUUUUCCGGAUCAGAACGCUUCCUGCAAUUUUUAUUCAAUGGCUUUCCACUGAAGGCAAAGUCGUUUAGAAAUACUGCAAUCAAAUCCCCCUCCCCCUCGUAUCACGAUGGGAGUAUGAAUUUGCGUGUACAUCCGAGAGUUAAGACGAACACUUUCAAACUUGGCAAUUUUACUAAAAUUAAGGCUUUCAAGUGGUGUCGACGUUUCCUAACUUGGCCGGGUCAAAAUUUAAAAUAAAAAACCGUGUGAAAAGGCCUAUUAGCCUGGGACUGGGCUCUUGAGAAAGAAAACGAGAGCAAAGAAAAAAGCAAACCGCCUGGGGACGAAGCAGGGGAAGUGGUGCUGCCCUUUGCCCAUCUCCAAUCUCCAAUCCCUCGCUCGGCUCGCACCGCUAGCCUACAUCCCGGACCAGCCUAGUUUCAGUCUCAUCAUUGUUCAGGCAAGCCUCGUCGAAAGAAAGAGAGAGCAGUAUUGUCUGGUCUGACUUAGAGGUCGUACCGUAACAAAUCACUGACUGAUACCCUGCGAGCAAGUCAGCUCCAUUUGUGGAAGUCGCGAGAAGUCACGCGAGAGCAGCACGCGAAAGGAGAGGCGAGUGCGAGGGGCGGGAAAGAAAGGUAGAGUCGCAAGAAUCACGCAACAUGUAAAAAGCAAGACCUUCGAGCGAGGUUACUGGACUGGCUUCAGGUGCUUUAUCGAUCUUUCAGUGUCUUUGGGGCUAAUCCGAAUAAUAUAAUUUUGGCCGAUUCAUCAGUGCCUGUCUCCUCAGUGCUUUCUGAUACUGCGUGGAACUUUCUUGUCAAAAUUGAUUCAAAAUUCAUUCUUCACGUGACUCAGUCCGUAAACUUGAUUGAUUAGGUCAUGACUCUUGAACCUAAUGGCCUAAACUGCCGUGACGAAUUAUUGAAAUCCAUAUCCUUAUAAGACCUAUAAGUUUUUGUUUUCUCAUGUUGUACGUCAUUUUCGCCUAUACCUUUAAAACAAUUUUUUUGGGGGGACAUUACAUCGGUAAGCCUGAAGAAGGCUGGUAUGGCGAGCCGAAAUAUUACGUUAUGAAAAGGCAAUAUACGCUGUUAUGAUCACCUUUUCACCUUUUUGGUAAUUUUCUUGACAUUUGCCGGUCUCUCGGCAGUUUAUUCUUUUGCUCUGUUUCUAUAGCCGCCUUUGUCACAUUAUCACCGUCGUGUCGCUCCACCUAGUCCUUUCAGUUUCAUUUUUUUCUUCCAUCUUGGAUUUAGCAGGGGGCUCUCAGUGCAGAAGUAUGCACUGAGGGUGGCGGAGCCACUGGUUUGUUACAAAUUAAGCCGAGUGGCUCUGGGGACGAGAGUGUCGCACUUUGUAAUUAAAUUGUCACACUUUGUUACACCUGUCCCAGUUCAGCCAUGCCUCGGUGACAGGACGCAGGAUUUCUCCGUACAUGCUGGUAAUAAAUAUUUACCAAAAGUCAAAAAUCCCUUUGGGUUGAACCGGCCAGGUGAUUAGUCUGCUACACAGCCGUUUUUAGUGUCGUCACGCAAUGCUCCUCCCCACAAACGGCUGCUGAAAACCGAACUACAUUCCUUUCCCUUUGUGUUUGUGGUAUAACGAACAAGCCAAUCAUGUACAAGAAGUUUGACAAUACGUGAGCCGCGAGGCGCUAGGAAGCGAGCACGCUUCUCAGUUUUCGACAAAUCAAUCAAUCGUCGCUGAAUUUAGACGGGCUUUGUGUUUUCAAGCAACGAAAAGGUUAAUUUGCAAAAAAGUUUGUUUUAAGCGGUCAAGAAAGUUCCAAGUGAAAAAAAGGUUUGAUAGGCGCCUAGAAGACUUUUACCAGGAUCGGUUGGUUCUUCAUCUAACGUGCAUAUGUACAGAUAUGUAAUGAAGAAUUUAAAUGUGCCGGAUGUGCUCAUUGUGUUCCUGGGAAUACUAAACUCUCAAGGGUACUGAUUCAAAAAGCAAUCUUUUAAAUUAUCGAUAAGCGAUUUCCCGAACUAUACCUGGCAACUUUAUGAGCACAUCCAUGUUGUGCAUCGCAAUUUGCUCGACUUGCUUGCUGCUACUGUUAUCUCCUAAAUUUUAAAUAAGACUCGACUACGACAACGCUACUCUAGUUAAUUGCUUGUUUUCACGCGACGUUUUGAUUAUUCUGUCAUUCACACAUGGGGCACCGAUAAAAGCAAAGCUGUAAUUGGAGGAGUCACAGUACAGUAAACGUGGCGCGAACACCUUCCAGAAAAUGGGAGCUGAAUUAUAAUUUGCUAAUCACGGGAAAGGAAUGUAGUUCGGUUUUCAGCAGCCUUUAGUGGGGAGGAGCGUUGCGUGACGACACUAAAAACGGCUGUGUAGCAGACUACCAGGUGAUAAGAUUUAUACUUAGGGACGGACCAUUAGAAAACUUAUUGGGGGGGCGGGCGAAGUACAAAAAAAAAAUUCGCGCAAGGGAAAAUUAAAUGAAAAAAAAUUCUUGCAAGCCAAUUAACCCCUAAGAAAGAUUCAUGCAAGGGCCUGAAAAAAAUUCAUACAAGGAAUUUGGUAACGAAAAAAAAUUCCUGCAGGUCGAAAAUUCCCCUCCCCCCCAUAACUUUUCUAAUGGUCCGUCCCUUAGCAAAAAAAAACACACGCAAUAAUAAAUGGCGGGAAAAUCGAGGAAUGGGGGUAACAAGAAAAGGACUGGGCGCUAGCGCCUGGCACUUCAGUUCACUGUUGUCGAUCAAAAAAGUUUAUCAUCCAACGGCCAUGUGAAAAUGAGAUUUUGCAUCGCUCUCCUGUGCAUAUUAGUAGCGUUGUUGGCUAUAAUUGUGGGUAGAGUUUACCAGAGGUUGGUUAAUGUACCCGUUCCAGAUGAUUUCCCGGAGAAUUCAACCUGGCAGUUUAAGUUAGUGGGGUUCAGUUUUGGCUUAGCCAAAGAUGUGGUAAGUUUAAUCCUAAUAAGAGUUGUGUAAGCUAAAUUUCUGUUUGUAUGGACAAAACAUCUCUCCGUUAGGCGAGCGGGAAAAUAUUACUAAAUCAGUAACUAUGUUGUUGAAGUAGUCUGUGAUGGUACGCAUUCAAGUUUAGGAGUUACCUGUAUGUCAUUUUGCUUGGAACGAACUUAUAGUGGAGCUGCAUAAGUAUUUCGUGAAUAUUACCGGUCUAUAAGCCAAGAACGCGAAACUAUUUACAUCUCGACUGAAUCAACUUGUAUCGAAAGGACCGGCAAGCUCCCACACUACGUAAAUAGGUCUGCAUGGGUCUAUCCUUGUACACAGGCCCAGGUUUGUUACUAGACAACAGAUCUUUAGAUAAAGCUUCAGUAAUUUUGGCUGGUUAAAGGUCUGAAAGAAAUGUUUGCGCUUAAAGAUCUCUACAAAAUAGUGUAUAGUCUUAAUUUAUAAAUGUUCUCACGUAGAGAUCUUUAUAUUUAUGCUUGUAGCCGUGGAUGACUGAAAAAAUAUCAAUAUAACGGUUUACGGGUACUAGCAAAGUUUUCGUCAAUCUUAUUAUUCUAUAGCUACAUGUAGAUUCUUUGGAGUUUUCAUCAGUUGUGGAUUGGCAAAGCAGAAAGGCAUAUGCACAUAUCAGUGACAUAGUGUAAAAUUCCGAAAAUAAGCCCCUCCAUGUAUAAGCCCCUCCAAAUAUAAGCCCCCUAAACUUAAACUGCAAAAACCCUCCGUUAAAUCGUCCCUCCAAAUAUAAGCCCCCCGGGGGCUUGUACGAGGAAAUUGCACUCAAAUACAAAGUAAAACAAAGCAAAAACGGUAAAUUUCCCUCCAACUAUAAGGCUAGCCCAAUCGAUUUUGAGAUGCAAAUUUCCCUCCGUAGAUAAGCCCCAUCCAAAAAUUAACCCCUCAAAAAGAGCCUUUGAAUAAUAUAAGCCCCAGGGCUUAUUUUCGGAAUUUUACAGUAGUACAAGUGUGCAAGAAAUAUGGUCAUAGUCUAGACCACCUCUUCCAUAGUCUGAUUAUACUUCUUGUUUGGGGGUGUUGCAAGUUAUGAUAAGUAUCUUUCUAAAAUUGAUAAGUUUCAGAAGAGAUCAGUUCAUUUUGGCUUUCUCAAGGAGGCCACUCCUAUUUUUAGUUCUCUAGAGGCCUCAGAUGAUAAGUUGUGGAAGAACGUCACAAAUUCUGCUGAGCGCCCUUUGGUGGAUCUCCUUCUACCCUGUAAAACAAAAUUACUACGUAAGGAAUUGUGGUCACUCCUUUGUACUUCAUCAAAUUAGGACUGAGCGUUUUAAGUACUGUUUUAUUAAUAGGUGUCCUUUUAAUUUAACUAUUGUAAUUGUCAACUGUAAUCCGGAAUGUUUGUUUUUGGAAUCAAUAAAUAGCUUAUUUAUUUUCUAUUUAUUUAUCCUGACCUUGAAUUAAGAACUGCUUAGUAAUCUAACCUGUGUCACAGAUGAAUUCUAACCCUGACUAGUAAUGCCUGUGAAGCAGUGCUGAGAUCCUUUUUCUCGGCCCCCAGUGGACUCCACGUACCACUAAGUGGAAGUGCAUUUCCAAUUUCCCUCCAACUUGAUUAGUCAAUCAAACAAUGUUUUUUUUAACAGGCCAACCAAGGCACAUAUUUUGUACUUAAUUCCUGGUACAUGGUGGGGGGCUAAGUAGAAGGAUUUCAGCGCUGGCUCACAUGGAAACAUGAACAGAGAUUAUAAAGAUUCCUCUGUGGCACAAGCUAGGGCUUUAUGGUAUACACUGUAUCUCUAGGUUUUUAUAACCCUACCACAUGUGGUUUUGGAACUAUGGUGCAGCAUGGUUCCCGCAGGCCCUUCCUAUAAAUCCUCCACCAGUCUUCCUUUUAAAAAGUUGAGAAAAAAUAACCGAACAGCAGCUUUAAUGACUGUAAUAAGUGCAAAGAAAAGAGACGUCUUAUCUUUCUUUUUUCAGGGUUACCUUGCUACACUUCUUGGAAUAAGUGAUAACUAUUACUCAAAUAUGGCCUCUUUACUUUCAUUUACGAGUCGUUUUUACAAGAAUGAUAGUUACGCUGAGUUUUUGGAGGUCAAUGACACUGAGUUAUUUGGUGUUGGUGUGAGAAUAUACAAGCCUGUGAAUAAAACAAACAAGCAUACAGGAAAUGAAUCUAAUAAACAAGAUUUGUUACCAGGUUUAAUUUAUUUUCAUGGUGGAGGAUGGACUUGGGGAAGUUUAGGUGAGACCUAUUUCUUUGUAUGUACAUAUAGGAUAUUACAUGGCCGCGCGGAGAUACGAAAUUUCUCUUCGAGUGUUGAAAAAUAUCUCACGAGUGAAAUCGCACAGCGAACGAGUGAAAUAUUUUUUUCAACACAAGAAGAGAAAUUUCAUAUCUCCAAGCGACCAUGUAAUAUUCUAUUUAUUAUAUAAACACCAAUGAAAUGCCAAACCAUUCUGAAAGGUGUGGUUUAUUAUGAAGCCAUAGCAAUGGUGAUAUUUUCACAUAUGAAGAUAACAUGUUAUUUUCACAUGUGAAGAUAUCAAGUUUUCAUGCAAAAUCUCACUUGGUAUUUCAUUGGUAUUUAUAUAAUAAAUGUAUUUAUCUCUUAUCCUGUCUCCAGAGGUUGAUGCAUUUUCAGAAUACCUCGAAUGAGAUAGCCUUUACAUCUUGCACUUCAUUGUCACAGCCUUGACAUCUGUGAUUUGCUGCUUGUUUUUCAUAGAUUUUCAAUGAAAAAAGUUUUGGCACCUACUCAGUGUACAUAAAAAUUAGGUUUGUUGCAGAAUAAAUACAUGUAUUAUUAAGGUAUGAGAAAUUUACUUGUGUGGCACAUACACAUGUGCACAUUUAGUCUCUUCUCGCCUCCCACCUCUACUGCCAUCUGCAGGUUGUGAUGAAUGGCUGUUUGGACUUGUUGGUUAAGGUUGCUAAUAAUUUGUCUGUGUUUUUAUGUAUGAGUUGGAUCAAAAAUGCAAUAAUAAAUUAUGGUAGAUUUUAAUCCUUAAUGCCCGAAGUGUUUUCCUUGUCAUUAUAUUCUGCUUUUAAUUCUCUCUUUAUGAAAGGAAAUUUCCCUUCACAGUAGUAAGUAUUUUGACAGUGAUGAUCAUUGAUAAUGUAUGCCAUUCAAGGCAACAUGAAAUGUUAUCUCUUUGCUGUAGAAGGCAAGCACAUGAGAAAGAAAAAAAAUAUAAAGUUGAUAAUAAUAUUAAACCCAUAUUCCUUAGUAAAGCCGUGAUGGUAUCUUUUAUUUACUUUUUAUUCCAGAUGGUUAUGAUGAUUUCUGCAGCCGACUGGCUGUCUCCGCCCAAAUCAUUGUUGUGAGUGCAAAGUAAGUAACACUAUUGACUAAGUUGGCAAGUUAAAUCCAUUCAACAACUAGGUAGAACUUUCUGUAAAUGAGCUAAUUUUUUAAAUUCAGUACACAUAAGGUGUUUACAUUUAACAAUAAUUGAUCAAUCUGUCAGUUUUACUUUGGUCAAUAUGGAAAAUACUGAGAAAAAUGGUGUACAAUAGGUACACUCGUAAUUUCUCAAGCUUCGUGAUGAAAAAGGACAAGAAACUGACAUUAUAAAAGCAAAAUGAACUAGCAGGCCGUGACACAACCCCUUUAAACUUCAGAAAAACAUGAAAGCUGCAUCCUUGUAGAGAAUAUCCCUACCACGUUCUUAUGUCCUCACAAAUCUUCUUUUCAAUUUCUGUAGUUACAGGCAAGCUCCUCAAUACAUUUACCCCACUCAGUUCAACGAUUGCUACAAUGUCGCAGUAGGUGUCCUUAAUACAGGAGUAAAACAUGGUGUAGAUGUUUCACGUGUUAUGAUUGUUGGUGAUAGUGCUGGUGGGAAUCUAGCUGCAGCAGUAUCUCAUUAUCUUGCAACAGUAUCUGAAAUGCACUGUAAAACACAGUAUUUAAAAGCCCAGGUAUGAUAAGUUUGAGGUCAACUAUAUAAUUCAUUAUUGAAAAACAGGGUGCAAAGAAAAUCAUUUUUACAACUUGCCAUUUGGGCAAGCUGCAGCCAGACGUCAUGUCAACUAGCCCCAAAAACUUUUUGACUGGCAGAAUUGAUUUCACAGUUCUUCUGUUAUUUGAAUUCCUCAAAAGACAUCACUUGCCCAUCGGGCAGGUUAACAGAAUUCACUAGCCCGAGAGCAAAAUCCACUAGCCCCGGGCUAUUGGACACUAGUUUCUUUGCACACUGAAAAAUUGAUUUAUUUUUUUAGUUACCUUUACUAGUUAAGGUAGGAACACCCCAUGGGAGAGGGGGUACUUCCAUAAAUUUAGGUGUAUGCAACUAAGGUUUUUAAACCCUGGCCCUAGUUUAGUAUUUAAAGACGAACCAAGUGAAAAUUGGUACCCUUUGUAAGGCCCAAACGUGGAAUAUAAUACCCAAUUCAAGGGUAUAGAAACAAAAACGGAGAAUUUAAUGGAAACACACUUUCUCCUGUAGCUGGGUAUUUCCGCACUUGAGUUUUAGCUGAUAUAAUAAUGGGUCCUUAUCUUAAUAUGAGCAUACCUGGAAGAGAGUGCUGACAUAGGGCAAAAAUGUUACCCUAUUUUUUAAGGAUGGAGACCCUCAAAAACCAUAGCUAUAAGGCGGUACAUACGGUGAUACCUAUCUAGGUCAUAUUAAUUUUGGGAGUUCCCCCCCCCUCCACCCCACCUUGGGACACCAGAACAGCAAAGGUGCUCUGUGAGUACAAAUAAAUUUUUUUAAAAGACCUUCUCACAAUCCAUAUAACCCUAAAUCUUUUAGGUCUCAAGGGUGACCAAAAUCAAUUUUUCCAAACGAUAUCCAUACAUUGUCAAGAGAUCAGGUUAUGAGAAGUAAUGAAAUGAUCACCAAAGAGAAAAUGCCUUGAUCGUUUAUUAAAUUCCCUCGACACAUUCUCUAAGGAAAUGUAUGGAGAUCAGUUUGGAGAAUUUGUAUGUGGAUAUUGGGGUUUAAAGGGUUAAACACUACUGAGGUCUGUGUUCCCUUCAAAAUGAUAAGAUAGGAUAAAGCAGACAAUGCGUAAUCAUCUGAACUGAGUCAAGUUUUUAAUCACAGCCAGCAGGGCUGUCAAUUAAGGGCAGGGUGCUGGGGUUUGCCCAGGCUUGACUGCUAUGAGCAUGACUGGAACAAAUCAAAUUAACACUGCUGUGAGUUUUAGCUUUCGAAAGCUGAUUCAGAUGUUCUCAUUAAAAAUACUAAAAAAAAUGACAGGGCGUUUUUUUUUUUCAACAAACUGAUGGUUUGUUAGGGAGACCAGUUUAAUAAGCUUGAAUUUGAUAUAGGGUUGUAAGCAUCUGCAGUUUAACAGGAAUGUGCUACUGAACAUUACUUUCCCUUGAGACAACCCCAAAGGUAUCCGGUAACCUAAGUUUUCUUUUCUUUUAUGUGUGACUGUUCAGAUAUACACUGUAGAUAUUAGGAGUAUGUCUAAAUGUCGCGGGUCGCGACUCGCGGGUAGAGGUCGCGGGUGCGGGUGCGGGUGCGGGUGCGGGUAAAGGUCGCGGGUAAACAUAAAUCACCAAAUUUAAUAUUAAAUUAUCAAUAAAAUAAAGGAAAAUUUGAUUAUGUUUCAAAGAAGAUUUGCAAUACUUUUUUUUUUUGGUCCACUGGUCCUAACGAGGAAGUCUAGUUAUUUAAAGCUAACUAAGGACGAUACAAAGGAAAAAGUCACUAAAGAAAAAUCCACAUGCUUAAAACUACAUUGGCUAGUUAAAUUUGCACCAAGUAACCGAGAUACCUGCGUUUGGGAUUUGUAAGGGAGGAGGUUCAAGUUUUGAUAGAAAAAAGAAAAGUAUUUCGGGUUCACGUUCUCUCCAAAGCUUGAAUUUAACUUGAAGUAGUCAUUUUAUGUAGCUGUUUUGCAGACUGCAUGACUUUUUCAAAAGUCAAUAGUUGGCCCUUUGCUGACCUCUAUAUUACCUAUAUGUAGCAGCGAAGUGAAUUGAAAAGGGUAUGCAAAAAUUCAGUGCCCGCUUUAAACAGCCGAAACCCCAUCGGACUGAAAAACUUACUUUAAUUAAUCCUUCUUUUUUCUUUUCUAAUACUUCUUUUUUUUCAUUUUUCUGCAACCCAAGACAAAUAAAAUUAUUGUAGGGGUAUAAAUGCGUAAUCUGCCAGUUGGUUUUUGAUAAUUACCAUGUUGCGAGUGGUCAGCCUUAAAUAAUGUUCCCUCCAUGCCUAGAACAUUUCUCUCUUCAUUUUCGAGUAAUGGAAAAAUCAAAAUUUCGUCAAGAAUCCUCCCCCCCGGCCAAGACCAGAAAAUGGCAAGUGAAACCAGGGUUUAGCGCUGUGAUAGGUUAGACAUGAAAGAGUUAGAAAUAGCUGUUACAUUUAAGAAGACGAUAUAAUACUUGAAUAAGAACGUUUUUUGUUUUCAACAACGAGCCCUUGAAAAUUAAACAAAAAGAAAUGAUUAAGUCCUCCAGCAAGAUCUUACAAAGGUGGCUACUUCUUUGACAAAAACAAUCUCCCCUCCUCUUGAACCACAUUCUUGACCACCCCCUAUGUUUUCUCUCCCCUUCUUGACCCCUUCUUUAUUCAGUGUAAGCGUCCGCAGUGUCAGCUUAUAUGACAUGUCCACUUAAAAGAAGUGGUUUUCUAUGUAUAUAUAUGAAGACAUAAUUUGGUUCAUCGAAAAUACAGCUUUGAUUUUUUUAUGAGACUUGCGUGUACUUACUUCCUCAGCAAAAAGUAUGAAUCGAUAGUUGUCAUUCGUCGUUCGUGCUAAAUUUUGGCGCGGUUGUACGAAAGAACUUGCCGUCCUGGUAAAUCGAAUUUUUCCCACGUUACUGGCUGCUUGAUCACGGCAACAAUACCAGUGCACUUGGGUAAAACUCUCAUUCAUAGUUCUCAUUUCACAGAGUGACAAAAAGAAAGAAUAUUUCAAGUUUUACUUCGAUCGAUCGAUUCUUUAUACUGAUGGAGUCGAUAGUUCCGUUGCAUUUUGGGGGCCAUACGAUUAGCGCUGAUCGCGUGGGCCCCAAAAUACGACAACACGCAAUAACAUAUGUAUUAAGGUGUUUCUUAUAACGUCCGUUUACAGCAUAGUUAAGUUAUUAUUCACUUCUAUCGGAAUUUUUACUUACGCAGAAAACGUGUUUUAUACGCAGUUCUUUAUUAGUUGUAUUCAUUACCUGAAGAAGUCUCAGUAAGAGACGAAACGUGUCGGAAAUAAACGAAAAAGCUUACAACUACAAGAAGUCUUCCUUUGCGCUGCUGACUAGUCUUCGUUAGAAAAGUUGUUUAUUUUAUCUUUUGGUUAAAUUUGGUGAUUUAUUUUUACCCGCGACACUUACCCGCACCCGCGACCUUUACCCGCACCCGCACCCGCGACCUCUACCCGCGACAUUUAGACAUACUCUAGAUAUUAGAAGUUGUCAAAAUGUGGCAAUGUAAAAUCAGGGAGCAACUCGCUGAUCACUUUUUUCAAAAUCAUCUAUAAGCCAUGACAAAAAAGAUAUGGUAAAAUGGAUUUAAAGGUAAAAUAAUGACUUUCUGGUAAUUACUAAAGCUCAGUGCGUAUUAUUUACAAAGUAAAUGUGCCUUUAUGCAUUUUUAUUUUUAGAUUCUUAUCUAUCCUUCCCUGCAAUUUCUGGACUUUAAUCUGCCAUCCUAUGUGACAAAUGCAGAUAAUGAUAUCCUUUCUAGAGAAGAUCAUGCCAAUUUUGUUUCCCUGUACCUUAAUGGUUCUACAGACCUCACCGACAUCCUUCUUUCUGGCAAUCAUUCGCAACAUCUUAGAGGCACAAAGUACAUGUCAUAUCUAGGAAAACCAACUUCAGAAACUUUACAGGAAAAGCCUCAAAUAGAACUGGAUUCAAGAACGUCAGAAGCUUUAACACAUUUCAGAGGAUCUCCUUUGAUGGCUGAAGACUUCAGGGGAAUCCCACCAACCUUUAUCAUUACUGCAGAAUUUGAUGUUUUAAGGGAUGAAGGGUUUCUUUAUUCAGAACGAUUACGAAAAGCAGAGGUUCCAGUCAAAUUCAAGAACUACAAGUCUUUUCAUGGCUUUGUGACAACAGCAACUGAAGGUGGACCAGCGAGAACGGAUGAAGGUGAUGAGGCUUUUGCAGAUAUAGUGCAGUACGUUAAAGACAUACUGACCAGUCUUGAGGAAAACUUUUAAGAGAAGUUGAAUAGAAAAAAGUUGAAAGUGAGUGUUGUUUUAUUCUCAAUGGCAGGUUAAUUUCCUCGACCAAAAGAAACUUGCAUUCUGGUUCUGUUUGACUGCAGAGGGAGUUGUGGAAAGAUCAGUACCGUUGUAUUGGACAUUAAUCAUAGUAAAGUAAAAAUCCGCGAGAAAGAACUUGUUAGGCUAAAAUUUGCCAGUUAGGCCUCCUCCACACAAUAAACCUAUUUAGCCUAAAAUUUGAAACAGGCACUUUUUUUCUAAAAUCUAUAAAUAAAUUCUAAACACUUGGG